AUGUCACACCUUACUGAACUUCAGCGCUCUGCUGUUCAGAAUGCGCAAGCUCUCCUUGAAAGUGCUGGACUGUCGCCUCGUGACUUGGAUUCAGUCUCACCAUCACCAUCACCGACACCUCUGAGUCCUGUUCAUAUUGCUUCAACACCACUUCAUCUCUCUACUGUGACUGCCCCAGCUAUCCAACAUGCCUGCUCACAUCCUACUAUCAGCACAUACUAUAUCCCACCUCCUGCACGACCUUUUACAGAUGAAGAUCGUGUACGGGAAUUUCAUCGUGUCACGCGCAGGACCUCCGCACAUUCUCUCGUCGAACAUCCAGUUGGUGCCAUUGUUGAAUAUCCACAAACUGGACAAUAUGCGAAUGAAUCUGUUGCUCACAUCUUCCACAUUGAUCCAACUACUUCCAAGUCUUCUCUCCGCCCUCAAUCAAGUUUUCAGUACUCCUUGGGUGAUGGGCAUGGGGGAAAGACAAUCAGUCGAUGUCUUAUGCUUCGUGAUGCUGAAGGACAUCCUGUUUCAUGCACCAGCCUUAAAACAUCUUGUACGAGUCUUUUUUCUUUGUUAGUUUCAUCUCAUUGUCAGACUGUGUCUCGGACAGACUCGAACAGUCCUGCCAGCGCUGCUGACAGGGAAAUCUUCGAACGAACACUGGCAUUGUACAUGGCCUUGUAUGAACGUGGCUGCUCUGCCAUUGAUGGCAUUGAUGAUCACCUUGCUGAGAGUGUGAUAGACGACUUGGAUGGUAUCUCGGCUGAUGAAUAUUUCAACAGUGUUACCUUUGAUGGUGAUUUGGAUGGUGUGGAUUGCUUGCCGUCAAGUCGUCAAGUCAAGAAGCCCAGGUGUAGCGGAAAACUUAUCAUGCAGCUUGAUGCCUACAAUCAGCCAUUUGUCCGAUGCAAAUUGCGCUCCCACACUCGCCGUACCCACCUGUUCAUACGAAAUCUGCAGGAAUGUGACACACGCUACCUGCAAGCUCUCCUCGACGAUGACCACAUCAUUAUUUCAGAAUGCGAGCAAUUAGCGAAGUCACAAGGAUAUGGUCCACUCCUACCAUGCAGUUAUGUUACAAGCCCAUCCUCCCAAAGGCAAGUUUGUCCACACCUCCACCGUCAAGCAGACGGCAAGCUCAAACAAGGUGUCCUGCGGAAGUGGACGCAUAAUUGCACCGCAAAUUUCAACAUCUAUGUCCCCCAUGAUCUCGUAACUUGCCCACGCAUAGUCGUCCUCUGCAGCAACCCGCACUCACAUCCACCUCCUGCACCUGUCAAAACACCAACACCACUUGUUGACAUAUUUCAUGAGCUUCUCUUGCUCAUGAAAUGGAAACUAGCAGAUGCGACACCACGUCGGAUUUAUUUGGACACAGCAUUCAUCCAGGGCCUUCAUGAAGUACUUGGCUGGGACUUCCCAGAUGGCCGCGACGCAACACUGCAAGAUCUUCACCCAUCACUGGCCAAUCUCGAUCAUGUGCGGCGUCUCAUCAAUAUUCUGAGGUCUGUGAAGUAUCCCAGUGGAACAGGAUUCGAAGGCAGGUAUCACUACCAGAUUUCUGCUGCUUAUACUGACAUGGAAUUACUAGGUGCACGUCUCCUUGCUGAGGAGCAUGCAAAGCUACCUCUGGAACAACGCUACGUGCGCUGUGCAGAGACACACAUCAUCGAGCGGGGAGCAACACUCAAACUCGUCAUCUGCAUGACACCACGUAUGUCACUGCACCUCAUGCAAGCUACGCGCCUGUCCAUCGACACAUCGUUUAAGCGUGCACAAGGAUGGCAAGAGUUUGAAAUUGAGUCAUGGAAUGUUGAGCACCAACGAUCUGUCGUCAGCAGCAGAGCAUUUACAACGUCACAAAGUGCUAAAGCUCACCUCAUUCUCUUCGAACGAAUUUUUGAGAUCGCAUCCACUGACACUGGGUUGCCUGUGUCAUUCAACCAUAUCCACGGCUGCGGGUUCGAGACAGUGAUUGCUGAUAGCCACAAAGGUCAAGGGUUAGGUUUGGGAAUGUACUGCAUGCAAUUGUCUCGCUCCCUCACAAUGCCAUGUCCAUACGAGUCGCAACGUCGUCUCUGCGAUCUGGGGCCGUACGACCAUCUCCGUCGAUUCUAUCGGCUUUGUGUGGCACAUUAUAAGAGAAAUGUCCACGGCCUUUACACCCACGUUUCAGACAAAGUAUAUACAGCAAUGCUGAGCUUGGCAACGUCCGAGCCUCAUCCAGACAUUCAGAAGACAUUGGAUAUCAUUCGCAAUGGCGGUCCAAAAGCUGCAGCAUGGUUGAAAGAUAAGCUUGAAGGCACGAAAUUUGCGUUUCCGGCAAUAUACCAACCAGCAAGCCUGAUACCUCUCGCUUUUUGGAAAGCAUCACCCGCAACAACCAACGGCAAUGAGCAAUCUCAUCGUAAUGCGUAUCGUGAAGGCAUUCACUUGACUCUAUUAGCUGGCCUCAUGAAAGGCAUGAGAUAUGACCAGGGAGCAACAAACAGUAUGGACGUUCACACCACAUUUGGUGUAUCGACUAGAGAUCAAGGCGCAACUUAUAUUCAACGUGCAAAACAGUGCAUUAUGCGACAAAGUACGAACUUAUAUUGCAACUCUAAACACUAG